UUGGGAUAAAUUCGAUAAAUUCACAAUCGACAUCUUUCAUUCCAACAAAACGGUUUGAACAUUCUGCAACGCUUAUCGAUGACAAACUUUACAUCUUGGGUGGUUUAAGCCUAUCAUCAAAUUUACCAAAUGUCACGAUUGGAAAGGAGUUUUUUUAUCUGGAUUUUUCAACUUCAUUUGAUAAUCAAAAAUUAAUAUGGAAAGAUUUAACAAAUAUUAAUAAGGUUCCAUCACAUUGCGAUAGUGCAACAGCUAAUGGAGGUUUAAAAAAUACUUUGGUUCUAUUUGGAGGGUUCAAAUUUAUUAAUGUAAAAAUGGAUUUGGUAUACAUGUAUGACACCAAAAAGAAUUCAUGGGAUAUUCCUACAAUUGAGGGAAAUGAACCUAAUAGAACUAGAGCUUUAUUUGCUAGUAUCAAUGAUUUGGGAAAAAUAUAUUAUUUUGGUGGAUCUUUUAAUGACAGCGUUGUAUUUGAUAUGGUCAUUUUAGAUACGAUAAAUUUUCGUUGGAGAAGAGGGAGUCUUAUUCAUGCACCUAUCUCUAGAGAAGAUUAUGGUUCUACCAUUUUACCAAAUCAAAUUAUCGUUUAUUUAGGUGGGGUUUAUAAAGAUCAAGAGAAUUUAUAUAAUCAUUCAAUGAAUGAUGUUUACUUGUAUGAUACCGUUAAUAACAUUUGGACCACUAAACGAAUAAUAAUUUUUGGAGGAUUAACUGUUAAAGAAAAUACCGAUUCACUUUAUGUGUUGAACUUAACAAAUUAUGUAUGGUCCAUUCCAAUCGUUACCGGAAAAGCGCCUUCUAAUCGAGAUGGACACAGAGCAAAUGUAAUCGGGAAAUACAUGGUUAUAUCUUUUGGAAAUGGUUAUAAUCAUGAAUUUGAAAGUGAUAUUCUACUACUUGAUAUUAGCAAUAAUGAUGAAUAUGAAUGGACGAACUUAUUUGACAGAUCAUCAAUACCGAUACAAGUAGAUACACCUACCACGCCAAAAUAUUCAGAUAAUAAAUUUCCUUUAAUUGGCGCGAUUAUAGGCUUAGCUG